AUGGCAUUCGGGUUGGAUUUUACUGGCAGUAAUGUUUCUGAGAUGAACACCUUUUACUCUGGAUAUUACUGGUCUGCUGCAUGCCUGGACACCAACAACAACAACGACCAUUACGCACAGGACUCCAGCAGAGUGCAUCAUGGUGCUCCACACAAGACAUGCUCGGACGCCCAGCGCCGCCGGAAGCGCACGACUUUCAGCAAGACACAGCUGAGCGAGCUGGAGAGGGCCUUCUCUGCCACACAGUACCCGGACAUUAAGAUGAAGGAGUCUCUUGCAUUUAUAACUGGGCUACCAGAGUCUAAAAUCCAGGUGUGGUUUCAAAAUCGACGCGCGCGCUAUUUCAAGAGCAAGAAACCAACCAGAGAGGUCCCCAAACUCUCCACAGACUACCUUCAUCAGUUCUCCUACACUCCAUCUCCCAGUCCACCAUUCCCACAGCUGGCUCCUUCCUUCUCUCCAACUCCCAGCCUAUCCCCACCAGGCCACCCUGCUCCAAGUCUACCUCAGUCCACCAGACUCUCAACCAUCCCGGGGAGUCAGGUCAUGACCCUGCCUGCACCUACAUCCCCUGUCACCGCCGACCAAGCUCCAUCCUGCUCCUCACGUGGUCUCCUAGGAGUUCCCCAAGACCACUACUACCACCAAACCCCAGACUUUACCGAUUACUGCCAUGAUGUGUCCCCCCUCUGUGAGUGGGAUCUGACAGAGGACUUUGAGGCUUUCCUCGGAGAUGCACAUGGAUCCCAGCCUGUGAGUAGCCGCUGUGCUGCAGUCGGACACCCUGCACCCAAGAAGAGCGUCCAGAGUCAGCUGGACCACCAACAACACCAGAGCCUCUCCAGCAAUGACGAGUCCAUGCAUGACCUGUCUGACCUCUGCUUUCAGGAGCUGGGCGACUUCAAUCUGUCUGAUUUUGCCAUUUCUGCUGCAAUGAUUGAUUAUCUUUUGGGUUAA